AUGAGCCAUGGGAGUUGGCCAAGGCCAGAAGUCGUGGUUUGUAAUCAUGAAAUUGAAGCUCAAGUUGUAACAUCGAAGACAGAUGCAAAUCUUGGACGACGUUUCUAUCGGUGCUAUAUUUGGAAGGAGGGUGACUGCAAGUUCUUCCGCUGGAUUGAUCCAUCUUUGUCACCGAAUCAAGAGAACUAUAUGCAAAAAUUGAAAGUGGAGAAGGACAACAUGCAAAAAGAAUUGCAAGCGAGAGUUGCUAUGCAUGAUAUGCUAACAGAGAAAGUCCGUUCCAAAGAGGUUGAAUUGGAAUCACUCCAAAUAGUGGCUGAAAAUUUGCAUCGACAGAACCGGAACUUGAAGUAUGCCAUUUUGUGUUUAUGUGUUGUGGUGUGGCUUCUUAUCUAG